AUGGAAUACGAACCACCUUGGGACUGGUGGGGAGUAUGGGAAAACGCGGCGGCCGUAGCGUUCAAAAAUGGCAGGUUAAGAAUAGAGGCGCCGGUAAGAUUGAGUCACGCCGAGUCUUGGCAGGAAGGGGUCGUAAUACACUGCAAAGGGUAUAGACUACAUCCAAGGGAACCGGAUGCCGAGUGUACCAGGGCAGGCGGCUCCACAGGAACGCAGCAAGAAAAGGGGAGGCUUAUCAGCAAGCAACGAGGGUUUCUGGAACUUGAUCUUGUUUUGGGGAACUGGGUUGAAGAGAAUGUCAAUUCCAUGGACGAGAACACCGUUAAAUCCCUAAUUCAUGUCCUCGAUUUGGAAAACCCUGAUCUUUGGAAAUGGUUAACUGGUCAGGAACAACCUCCGGAGAUAGUGAGCUCAAAUCCGGUAUUCUUGGCGUUGCACAAGAAAGUCAUGACGAAUCUGAACAAGCAUGCAGCACCAAAGACGCGUGCAGAAGCUGGACAGCCUUGGGUCAAAGGCUGGGAUGAUUUCAAGAGAGGCCGUGAUGCUCCCAUCUCAGGGAACCAGUAAAAUAAAAUAAAAACACUACUUACGAAAGUAACAAAUUUCCAAAAAGAAAAUACGUUUAUAUAAAAAGUAUCUUUACAUAGAUACCGAGUAGUGUUUACCUUUUACUAUUGUAUGAAUAAAGCGUGAGAGCGUAUAAUGCGUCUCAGAAGUGAAUUACAGGAUGUCUUGAAAGAGUGAAUUACAGGAUGUCUUGCUUGUCGAAGUUCUUGAUAUAUAAAUACAGGUAUCAAGGGAUUGCGUUUGUUGAA